UCGCUCAGACCGCAGCAGCCUGUCUAUGGCAGCAGCAGCCGAAGACGUUGUUCUCCAUCCUGAAGUAAAAACCAGAGUUUCUGUUUGUACCGAGUCCGUUCAGAGCAGCAGCUUAUCGAUCAUUAUCGAUCCUCUAUCAGUUUUCGACAGAUUAUCUGUGGCUGUUUUCCGGUUUUAACGGCGUCCAGCUGAUUCUGAAAACCUCGGAGUUCAGUUAUUGAUGACGGAAUUAAUGGAUCCGAUCAGCAGCAGACUCGUCCUCAUCUUGCCGCUCUUCUCUCUCGGUUUCGGUGAUCAGCUGCUGUCAGAAAUGUUCGGCAGCCUUCAGUCGCCGAACUUCCCGGAUCCGUAUCCGCGGGAGACGGAUCUGCGAUGGAACAUCAGCGUUCCCGACGGCUUCCAGAUCAAGCUGUACUUCAGCCACUUCGACCUGGAGCCGUCCUACCUGUGCGAGUACGACUACGUCAAGGUGGAGGCGGAGGGGGAGGUUCUGGCCCUGUUCUGUGGGAGGGAGGACUCAGACACGGAGUCGGUUCCGUCUCAGCAGAUCAUCACGUCUCCCAGGAACUUCCUGAGCCUCCAGUUCUCCUCAGACUUCUCCAACGAGGAGAGGUUCUCUGGGUUCAUGGCUCAUUACAGCGCUGUGGACGUGGACGAGUGCAGCGAUCAGAGGGACGAGGAUCUUCUCUGCGAUCAUUUCUGCCACAACUACAUCGGAGGAUAUUACUGCUCCUGUCGCUAUGGUUACUUGCUGCAUUCUGACAACCGAACCUGCAGAGUGGAGUGCAGCGGUGGUGUGUUCAGGGAACGCUCCGGCGUCCUGAGCAGCGUGGAUUUUCCGUCUCCGUACCCAAAGAGCUCCGAGUGUUCGUACCGGAUCGAGGUGGACGAAGGAUUCAAGCUCCGCCUCCAGUUCGACUCCAGCUUCGACGUGGAGGAUCACCCCGACGUCAGCUGCCCCUACGACUACGUCAAGAUCCAAGCAGGAAGCAGCGAGUUCGGUCCGUUCUGUGGAAAUCGAUCUCCAGGAACCAUCGAAACCAGCAGCAACGUGGUCAACGUCCAGUUCAACAGCGACAACAGCGGAGAAAACACCGGCUGGAGGCUAACGUACACCGCUAUAGGAAGUCAGUGUCCGGUACCUGAGGCUCCGCCCAACGUCCUCAUGAACCCUGUCCAAUCAGAAUACUCCUUCAAAGACCACGUCCUGUUUACCUGUGAGCCUGGAUACAGACUGCUGCAGGACGGAGAGUUUCUGGAUCAUCUCCAGAUAAACUGUCUGGUUGACGGAUCGUGGAGCGGCCGACCUCCUCGCUGUCAGAUGGUGGAUUGUGGGAGUCCAAAGGUGGUCGACAUGGCCGACAUGGUGUUUGGUGACCAUGACAACAGCACGCUGUUUGGAGCAACGGUUCACUACGUGUGCAGGGAGGAUGGCGUCCAGCGGACCAACAGUUCAUACAGGUGUGGUGAGAACGGAGACUGGAUCGAUUCAGAAGGAAGAACCGAACUUCCCACCUGUCUGCCAGCCUGUGGUCGUCCGUCCCGCUCACUUCCUGCUCAGGUGAAGCGGAUCGUCGGCGGUCGGAGUGCUGAGCCGGGUCUCUUCCCCUGGCAGGUGCUGCUCAGCGUGGAGGAUCUGUCCCGGGUUCCUGAAGAUCGUUGGUUCGGUUCUGGAGCUCUACUGUCGGACUCCUGGGUCCUGACCGCUGCCCACGUCCUGAGGUCCCAGAGGAGGGACACCAGCGUCGUCCCUGUGGCCCCCGACCAUGUCAAGGUCUUCCUCGGUCUCCACAACUCCAGAGACAAACGUCUGGCCACCAACCGCUCGGUGGACCAGAUCUUCCUCCAUCUGGACUUCCAACCCAACAACUACAACAACGACAUUGCCCUGCUGAGGCUGAGUGACCAGGUGGACUUUAACCAGGUGGUUCGUCCCGUCUGUCUUCCAGCGCCACUCAGACAGGAUGACCCCCCUGCACCUCUCCCCAACUCUCUGGGUGUAGUCGCUGGUUGGGGAAUCUCCAGACCCAACACCUCAUCUUCCUCCUCCUCCUCCUCCUCCUCCACUCUGACCUCUGACCCCGCCUCGGUCGCUGACCUCGGGAUGACCUCCGACCUCCUGCAGUACGUGAAGCUGCCGGUGGUUUCUCAGGACGAGUGCCAGGCAAGCUACACCUCGCGCUCCGUCAGCUACAACAUCACCGACAACAUGUUCUGCGCCGGUUUCUUUGAGGGGGGGAGGGACACCUGCCUCGGGGACAGCGGGGGGGCGUUCGUGAUGGAAGACCAGGUCAGCCGGAGGUGGGUGGUGUUUGGGUUGGUGUCCUGGGGAGGGCCGGAGGAGUGCGGGAGUCAGAGGGUGUAUGGAGUCUACACCAGAGUGGCUAAAUAUGUGGAGUGGAUACAGAACCACCUUCAUGCUGCACUCUGAUGGUGAAACAGACACAUGUCUCUGCUGGUCGCCUGUCCACACUGUAUCUUUGUAAAGGAUCAACUGAACUCUGCAGACCUACAGCCAUGAGCAAAAGCUUUCUUCCACUUCUAAAGACCAUGUAUAUCAUCUUAGUCUUGAGUUUCCAAUGACUCCUAUAACUCUGAAUUUUCUAUAAUGGAAUCAUUGAAACACAUGAAUCUUUGACACUAAAAACAGUCAUGUAUUUUGGUUGUUUCAUAGAUUUAUUAAAGAUCUUCUGGAAAUAUAACAAAAUCUGCUGAGUCAAAAAUAUACAUACAGCAGAUGCCACUUAUCAAUUGGUCAGGAUGGUCAAGAGUCAACCAAGAGUCAUCUAAAGCAGGUCUGAAUAAAUGAGAUGCAGCUGGAACACAGCUGUCAGUGUCCACAGUGUUUCAUAUUAACAUGAGCUGAGAGAUCCAUGAAAAAGGAGGUUCUUCCUCUAGAAGCAGAACCUGCUGCUGAUCACAUGGACAAAAAAGGCCUCCUGGAGGAAAGUUCUGUGGUCAGAUGGAAGCAGAAGUGAAGGUGAGGCCUUUAACCACAAGAACACCAAACCUACCAUCAAGCAUGCAGGUGGCAGUAUCAUGCUCUGGGGCUUUCUAGAAGAUCUUCUUCCGGUUUCAGACUGUAUGUUGGACUGGUUCUGGACUUUCUUUAGACUGGUUUAUGUUUGGUUUCAGUCUUGGUUCUCCUCGUUGUGGAUGUGAUUUAAAGUUGGUUCAGGAUUUAUUUUACUCUGGAUCUGGUUCUGGAUGAGGACUGGUUUCAGACUCUCUUGGACGGGUCUUGGACUUUUUUUAUGAGUAGAUUAGGUUUGGUUUUGUCCCGAUUUUGACUGUUUUAGGACUGGUUUCAGACUGUUUCUAAAACAGGUUUUAGAACUUUUUAGGGCUGGUUUCAGAUUGUCUUGUGUGAGUCUUUUUUUUAUCCCCACGAACUGCAAACCUAGCAUCAAGCAUGGUGGUGGCAGUAUCAUGCUGUGAGACACUGGAGCUUUACACAAAGUAAAUGUAAUAAUGAAGAAGGAGGAUCACCUCCACAUUCUUCAGAAAAACCUAAAACCAUCAGCAGAAGGUUGAUCUUGGACACAGUUUGGUUGGAUGUUUCAACAACACAAUGAGCCCAAGCACACAUCAGAUGUGGUAAAGAAACGGUUCCAUCAGGCCAGAAUAAAGGUUUCAGACUGGUCUCCACAGUCAAAGAUAAACCAGAAACUUGUAGAUGGCUACCAAAAGUGCCCCAUUGAGGUGAAAAUGGUUAAAAAAGGAAUACUAUAAUUGCUGUAUGUAUGUUUUUGACCCUGCAGAUUUUAUUACAUUUUCAGAAAACCUGUAAUAGAUCAAAGAAAUCUCGUAAGGAAUCAAAACUCCUGACUGUUUUUCCAACAAAUAUGCAUUCGUUUCGAUAUCCCAUCAUAGAGAAUUAAGAGUUAUAGGAGUCAUUGGAAACUAAAGACUUUAAUGACAGACAAGAUCUUUACAAGUGGCCGGAACCUUAUCCGUCUUUUAUCUUGUGCUAUGUGUGACGUGGACAUAUAUUGUAGGUUAAUCGAUUAUUCUGAAUUAGAUGUGAGUUCUCUGUAAUGGACUACCGACUCUUCCAGGACCCCACAACUCUCUACAGGAUAAGGUAGGUAUAGCUCACUAGUGGAUAGAUGGUACAAGCCAUUAGAGGUCAUGCCACAGUAUGUCACAAUGUAUCACAACAAGGAAUGUCACAAUAUAACAGGUUGCAGUCAUCUUUUUAUUAAUAUAGCACCAAAUCAUAACAUUUUUCAUCUCAGGGCUCAAGACGAAGAUGUGUCAGGCUUUCCCUGUGGCAGCUGGACAGGUUAUAAUGUGACAUGUGGACGUUAAACAUCUGUUUUCUCACAGAUAAAAAGCCAUAUGUUCCUUAGUCUUGCUUGACAGAAUUGUUUUUUUUGUCUGUGUAGGUUCUGAGUCUUCCAAGUUGUUAGAAUCUUCAGCAGGAGGCGACCAGGUCUCUUCUUUUUGUUCUCAAAGAUGUUCCACCUCCAAUCUGAGACACCCUUUGUUCUAACUGACUGGUGGGGAACUCCUGGUAUUUAUUUUCACCCCAAACUCCCAUGACUUGUGUUGUGGAUGAUUGUGAAACUGCCUGGUGUGGGUUGACUCACGCUGGAAAUUGUGGUAAAACUGCCUGGGGAUGGCUAUCUAAAGGUGUCAACUGUGGCGAAACCGCCAGGGAGGAAGGGCUCAAGGUGGAAACUGAAAGUGAGUGGACUUCAAGUCAGUGGCUUCUUUACAUUUGUUUUAGUGAUAGGGUAUCUUUUUUCUUUAGAUAGAUUGGGAAUUAUUUAGCAUCUGGACUAUUUUAUCCCGUAUUUGAAGACACAAACAGAGGUGAAACUGCCUGGGGGAAUCUCAGGACUGCAUUGUAAGUACCUGGUAACCUGCAGAAGGAUGUUCUACUAAGUACUAAAGAUGCUUGUUAAGAAGGGGUUGAAUAAUUUUGAGACAGCAGUAGUCAUUAAAAGUGGCGUAUUGUCUUGAAUGUGGACAAUCUACCUGUAAUACUGGUUGUGUUGAGGUGUUUAAAUUGUUCUUUUUUGAGUUGUUCAUCAGAAACAGCUGCAAGCUUGUACAUUUUGCUAAUAAGCCUGAUUUGCAAUGGGGGUUGAAUAAUUUUGAGUGCAUCUGUAGGUCUCUUUGCAGCCCUCGUUGCAUUGGACUGCUGUAUCUGGAGGGUUUUAAAGACAUUUCAGCUACAUAUGAGAUGACACUGUAGUUUCUAAACACCACAAUAGGUGGAUAUCACCGCUUUGGUAGAUUUCUAGCAAGGCACAUAUCUGAAGCUGGUUCUGUUGUUCAAAGAGUCGUGUUGUUGUGACUCUUUUCUGACGACUUCCGUUGUCUUAGAUAUAUACACGUAAAAACUGAGGUGACAUCAGAUUAUACCAUAAUAUCAUCAAGUGUUUCCAACCAGAGAUGCCAAGAUAGUAGCAAAAUGUUUUUCAGGGUUAAACAUGAAUGAGUUAAUGCCGUUGGGUCUUUGGAUGUCCAUAUACAGUGGAUGCAAUGUGGUUCCUCCAAGGUAAAGCUGAUAAUGUGAUGGAUGGUCAAUAAGUUUAUCCUUUUCCACUUGUUGUAAGCAGCAUAUAACCUUCUUAUAACUGGUUGGAGCGUUGCCCCAGAAGCUUAUGGUGGUAUUUUGACUGUGUAGUGUGGUCAUUAGUAAUCAGCUGGUCUUGACUCAGAGGAGUUAUUGUCUUCUUACUUGGUUUCUUAGUUGGAAAGAGAUAUUUUUUCACUGUAGAGUUCCACCUGAUACUUUCAUCCUGACGUGUUGUGUUCUGCUUGGUUGUUAUUAUUCUUGUUUAUUCUUUGGUUGGGAUUAGAGCCACUACUGAAUUGAAGGCCUUGAAUAAGCACCUGGAACUGUCACCAGUCAGUUCUAACUAAGCAAACCACUUGGAUGUAGAUGAAAUGUCUUCAAGCACCACAAAUAAGUCCAGUUUUCUUCUGCUGAACCACCUUGGAAGCUUCUAGUUUUGUGUGAAUGAACAAAGAGACCAUCAUUUAUGUGAUCAGGAAUAAUGCCACCAAAGAUGCGAGCUGUAACUCCAUUUUCUAUCUAAAGAUCAUUUGUUUCAUCUCAAGUUUGUUGUUUAUUGAGGCUGUAUUUUGUUCACUGUACUAGAAGUUGAUCUGUCCUUCAAGCACCAGGGGGCGCUGCUCUCAGGGGUUAGAAAUGUUAAGCACCGUUCUACAGAAUAAUAAGAGACUCUUUGAACCAUGCGGAUCAACAGUGUUCCACUGAAUGAUCCAAAAUAUUGGUUCAAAGAGUCUUCAAGGAUUCUGGAGAUGCUUUCAGAACAAUAUCAAUGCACCACAGAAAGUACUGCUCUCCUUAGUGUUAUUGUUUCACCUGACAUGUAUCCUCGUAUUUACUUUUACACUUAUGUAUGAAUUAUACAGAAGGAUUUAUUAAAGGACUGAUGUUGCA